CAAGCAUGGUACUUGCACCGCGGAUUUGGAAUUGAUCGGAAGUGACCGAAGAUAAGAUUCCAAUGGAAUGAAUUGGAUAGUUUUGACAGCCGGAGCCAAGAAUGGGGUACAGCCUAGACUCAAGUGAUCGGCCAAGUCGAGAUAACAUUUCUUUGACAGCUGAAAUCCUUCCCACUUCAGACUCAUUUUCGAUAUUCCCCUCAAGGCGCAUCUUUCAAGAUGGGCUUCAUGGAAAGAUUCGAAGUCGCUUCUGAGACUGAGUUGACGAGAUGGAUCAACGAUGAUAUCAAGCCGAUUGAAGCCGGGCGCCGGACUUGGACGUUUUGGACAUUUCACAACUACUGGAUAUUGGUGAAUUCUAACAUCUCGACCUACUUGACUGGAAGCUCUCUCAUCGCCUUGGGAUUAACUUGGUGGCAAGCGAUUAUCUCUAUUGUUAUUGGAAACAUCCUAGCCACAAUCUUCGUUGUCCUAAACUCAGUUCCAGGUGCAUACUACCAUAUUGGGUUUCCAGUCGUCAAUCGCUAUGUCUGGGGAAUGUACGGCAGUGCAUUCGUGAUCUGGAAUCGAAUACUUCUCUCUCUGGUGUGGUACGGUUUCCAAGCUUGGAUUGGAGGAGAAUGUCUCUAUGUCUGCCUCAUGGCCCUGGAUCCCAACCUUGAAAAGCACAUCCCGAAUCAUAUGCUGGCGUCCACGGGCAUGACAACAGCACAAUUUGUCGCUUAUAUCAUCUUCAGCAUUGUGUCUCUGCCAGUCAUCUGGAUUCGACCCCACAAGCUCAAAAAUUUCUUCUACUUCUCCAGCGCCACCAUCCUUAUCUUUGAAAUAGUGCUUCUUAUUUGGGCGCUGGCAACGAUGGGUCCAGAAGGGUUUGGUGAUACGAUCUCUAGUACACCAACAGCCGAAGCGAGCAGUACCGGAUGGCUCAUUGCUUAUGGAAUCAUCAGCACAAUUGGCUCUAUUGCGGCUGGGAUUCUCAAUCAGAACGAUUACGCUAGGUUCGCCCACAAACCUCGAGAUGCCAUAUUGGGACAGAUAUUCAGCUUUCCUCUGUAUGCGGUCAUCUGUUCUAUUAUCGGCAUACUUGUCACUGCGGCAACCCAAAAUAGAUUUGGAGGGGCUCUCUGGAAUCUUCCUGAUAUCUUUACGACGUUGAUCCAAAAUGGAGGAUCGAGAGAAAGAGCCGCUGGAUUCUUUGCUGGAGCUGCACUCGUCAUUUCACAGAUUGGAGUCAAUGUCCCAGGCAACGCUCUCUCUGGUGGUUUCGAUCUCGCGGCAACAUUUCCAAGGUACAUCAACAUUCGCCGUGGGGCAUAUCUCACCGCACUUGUCAGUGUUGCUUGCAACCCAUGGAGACUUGUAAAUACUGCAACAACUUUCAUUUCAGUACUUGGAAGCUACAGCGUGUUCUUUGGACCAAUGACUGGACUGAUGAUCUCGUCUUAUUUCAUUAUCAACAGACAGAAGAUCAAUGUCGACGAUCUGUUCGUGGGAAACAAGCAAAGUGUAUACUGGUAUACUUGGGGUGUCAAUUGGCGAGCUAUUGUCGCCUGGAUAUGUGGCGUUGCUCCCUCUAUGCCUGGAUUCGUUGCUUCUGUACAGCUAUUAGUGUCCGUUCCUAUCGGGUUGACUCACCUAUACUAUAUCUGCUUCUUGAUUGGAUUUGCCAUCAGCUCUGGUGUAUAUUGCUUGUUGCAUUUUAUUUUCCCAGCUAAGGGACUGAAUGACUUUGUGGCAAGUAGUCCGUCUCCUCGGUCUCUGAUGGCAGAGUAUCAGGAGAGGUGGGAUGGAGAAAUUUCCGGAGUCAGCGAUAUUGACAAAGAUGCUCGAGUGGUGGAUCGAGAGAUCAACUUCAAUUGAAGUACUGAAUAGUGUC